AUGGCAGAUCAGAUCGAGGCAAUCCCUGGGACGGUCCACUUGGUCGACGCCCAGGGAAGCAUGGACUCGCAGCACGCCAAAGGAGCCGAGCACGACAUUGUUCUCGUCCCAGCUCCGUCGACUCAUCCGGAUGAUCCGCUGAACUGGUCGCCAAGGAGGAAAUACCUCUCUUCAUUUUGCAUGGCAGCAUAUGUGCUUGUCAUUGGUAUCUGCUCUUCUGCGCUGUAUUCGACUCUGGGACCUCUGUCGGAGUCUACUGGUCUGAGCUAUAAUGAUUUGAACUCUGGAACUGGAUACAUGUUUCUCUUCUUCGGCUGGGGCUGUAUCAUCUGGCAAGCUAUCGCCAUUCAGUACGGCAAGCGCCCUGUGUAUCUGUUGACUACACUGGGCACUUUGGGUGUCAUGGUCUGGCAGCCUCACGUCAAAUCAAACGGAGAGUGGAUCGCGACCAAGAUUCUGCAGGGCAUCUUUGGUGCACCGAUCGAGUCUCUUGCGGAAAUCACAGUUUCAGACGUCGUCUUCACCCAUGAACGCGGCAAGUUCAUCGCUCUGUAUGCUCUCGCACUUGGCUACAGCAACGGCAUCGCUCCUCUCAUCAUGGGCUUCAUCAAUGACGGCCAGGGAUAUCAAUGGGUGUUUGUCAGUACUCCUUUUUCAAUUGACAAGAAACAGAUAUUGAUAGACAAACAGUACUGGUGCGCCAUCUUUUGCGCCGUUCUCCUUCUGAUCAUCUUUUUCUUCAUGGAAGAGACCAAGUUCGAUCGAGCAAAGUACACGACAAGAAACCACAUCGAGGGACAGACCGUGUAUACUUCCAAUCAUACAUCAACCGACCCUGAUACCAAAGACGAUCUUGAUACGAAGCAUGACGUUGAGCAAGACCAAGUCGCUACUACCACUCUUACGAACGUCAGCGCACCCAAUGAGAUCUUUGAUCUUGACAACACUACGAUGAGCAAGAGAUCACGCAUGUCUCGCCUUAAGCCCAUUGAACGUAAGAACCUGAAGGGCGAGAAUAGACUCAUCAAGCUCAUCAGUCGGCCGAUUCUCCUCCUCGCGUUUCCCAUCAUCUCAUAUGCUGGUUUCAUCUACGGCUGCAACAUUGUCUGGCUUUCGGUUCUGAACGCGACUGAGUCUAUGGUCCUGUCGAAUAAGCCUUAUAACAUGCCUACCUCGACAGUUGGGUUGACAUUCAUCGCUCCACUCAUUGGAACAACCCUCGCGUGCAUCUACACUGGACUCUGUGGCGAUAAAUUCAUCAUCAAGAUGGCACGUCGCAAUGGGGGCUUUAUGGAAGCUGAGCACCGACUAUGGCUAUUCCUCCCCUCUCUCAUCCUCAUUCCGUUUGGAUGCAUCUUAUUCGGCGUCGGAGCUUACUACGAGGCGCAUUGGUUCUCAGUCGUCUUUGCCAUGGGCGUCAUAUCCUUCACUACGACUGCCGGUUCACAAAUCUCCAUCGCGUAUUGCAUCGAUUGCUAUCGUGAUCUCGCGAGCGAAGCUUUAGCCACUGCCAUCAUCAUCCGAAAUACAAUGGCAUUCGGUAUUGGAUAUGGUGUCACUCCUUGGGUUGUCAACCUGGGCUAUCAGAAUGCUUUCAUCCUUGGUGCUUUCGCUGGUCUGGCACAUAAUCUGACAAUUUUCCCCGUUAUGAAAUGGGGUCGGGCUUUGCGGCAGCGGAGUGCGGAGAAGUAUUGGAACACUGUUAAGGAGGGAGCGGACUUGGACCUCAACCAUUGA